UUUGACCUCGCAUCCCUGCAGUGAAUUGUUCGAAGCUCUCGUAGGCCUCUGCCGUGCCGAACCCAGAGUUUCCUGAAAGAUGACGUGGGUUCGCCGUGGACAGCGUCUGGUCAGAGUAGCGGCGGCUGCAUACAGAGGCGGACAAGCUGUAGCGACUCCGCGGCUCUUGUCGGCCGGCCCAACCCUGAUCCCUUCAACGAGUGUGCCGUUGUCUCCAGCCGUGAGAUAUCUGGUGGAUACCAAUUCCCUGGACCCCAGUCUCAUUCCAGCCUCUGGUCCCCAUUCCAGACUGCUCAAAGGUGAUGUACUGUGGUAUAUGGAGACUGGUAUGGACGGUAGUGGAGAGGCUUCAUCACUGAAACCUACAAAGCGACCACCAUCAUCAACAUCACUGUCUCCUCCCUCUUCUCUCCCUCCUUCUUCCUCUCUCAAACCAAGCCAACCAACCCCACACACCUCUAAGGCGAAAUUCACAGAUGUUGCAGUUGAUGAUAGCCACAGAUCUCGGGCCUUUACUUCAGUACAAUCCAAGAUGAGUCUUCCGCACAGCUCAGCUUCCAUUCACUGUCAGGUCGGGCCUCUUCUAUCGUCUCUACAACACAAUGGGAGAGAGAGGGCAAUGUUACUAUUGGAGAGCCACUUCAUAAAGGCAGCUGCAUCAACUUUGAAGCAAUUCCCACAUUCCAAUGCGGUAUGGAAUGAAGACGGACCCCUCCUGCUUCCAUCUGUCAAUAUAUCAGUCAGAGUAUUGUCUGAGGGGAUAUUACUGCCGACUCCUGUAAUUAUCAGGGAUGCUAAUAGAGCCAGUGUCCAGAGUAUAGCGUCAGUAAUAGAGAGAGCUACGGCUGGGACUGAGGAUGGAUCAUCGCCACCAGUCACAUCAGCAUCACUAAUGGUGUCUAGUCUCGUGUCAUCGUCUCUCUCUCACUACACUGACUUGGUCCAAUCUCCCCACUCUGCUGCCCUAUCUCUAGCUGGUGUUCAGAAGACGUUCAGUGAAGAAGAAUCAUCAGCCACGGUUGCAGUCUGCCUCUCGUGCGAUUCUCGUGUCUUGAACUCUGACCUUGCGUCUCAGUGGCUACAACAGUUCAAAGCCAACAUAGAGAUCAUUUGAAGUGUGUUGUGUUGU